AUGCCGGGGGCUUCCCGCUCGCUGGCGGUGGCCGGGGGAGGCGAGAGCAGCGACAGCGACGAGGACCGCUGGGUGAUCGGGUUCGUUCAGCACGAGCCGCAGCAAUUUAGUAAAACAUUACAGUUACAAGACAAGGAUGAAACAUUAAAGAAAGCUUUGACUUCUGGGGAUGUGUCCAUGAUUGAAGAACUUUUAAAUUCAGGUGUGAAUGUAGAAUCUAGUUUUCAGUUUGGAUGGACUCCCCUGAUGUAUGCUGCUAGUGUUGCUAAUGUGGAAUUAGUUCGUAUCCUAUUGGACAGAGGUGCUAAUGCAAGCUUUGAUAAGGAUCAAUAUACUGUAUUGAUGGCUGCAUGUACUGCACGUGCUUCAGAGGAGCAGAUUUUGAAGACCGUGGAACUACUUCUGUCAAGGAAUGCCAAUCCCAGUGUUGUUUGCCGGAAACAAAUGACUCCGCUAAUGUAUGCAGCUCGAGAAGGACACUGUCAAGUUGUUGCUCUUCUUGUUGCUUAUGGAUCACAAAUAAAUGCCCAGGAUGAAAAUGGUUAUACAGCACUGACAUGGGCAUCCCACCAAGGACGUAAAAAUGUUGUCUUGAAGUUGCUUGAACUUGGAGCUGAUAAAACUCUACAAACCAAAGAUGGAAAGACAGCAGGAGAGAUUGCAAAAAGCAGUAAACAUUCAGAGCUUUUUAAUUUACUUUCUUUGACUGCAAAUCCCUUUCAAGGGAAGUUCCAGAACCUGUUUAAAGAAGAGGCUAUCCACAAACUCUUAAAAGCGGUCCCUGAUGCAGUUAGAGAUCAUAAAGUUAGUUCCUAUGCAGCCUUUGGUGACCUAGAAGUGUUUUUGCAUGGUCUUGGUCUAGAACACAUAACAGAGUUAUUAAAGGAAAAAGAUAUAGCUUUAAGAAAGCUUUUGACCAUGAGAAAAGAUGAUUUUACACAGAUUGGGAUUACAAAUACCAGAGACCAACAGAAAAUCCUUGAUGCUGUUCGAGAGCUGCAGGUGGAAGAGAUAAAAUUUGGAGAGUUGCCUGAAGUGAUGAACUUAGAAUUCAGUGGUGAUGAGUUCCUCACUUUUCUUCUGAAACUGAAUAGACAGUGUGGUCAUCUUACAACUGCUGUGCAAAAUAUAGUUAGCCAGUUACCCACAAACUCUCAUAAGAUAGUACUCGAGUGGGGUCCACCCCAGAGCUUCACUAAAGUUUGUGAGGACUUGGUUGGCAGUGUUGAAGAUUUAAGUGAAGAAGUUAGCAAACUAAAGGACCUCAUGCAAAAGCUUCAAAAUGGACAGAAGAAUGACCCCACUCAUGUGCGACCCCUAGAAAAAACACCUACCUGGAAAAGUAGAUUAAUAAAAAGGGCAGCAGUAACCCUGUUUGGAUUUGGAUUUCUCUUUCUUAUCACCAAAUUAACCUUAAGGAAAGCCUGA